CCAAAACUGGCCUCACUUUCCUGCUGGGCCACGCGGGCGUCUGCCGCCUGCCGUGAGCCCAUAUUUCCUUCUUCUUCUUCUGCCAUCGCCCUCCAUCCUCGUCCUUUCCUCUGCCUUCUCUGGCGCUUCUCUACCCCCCACCUGAUUUCUGGUUUUGAGCACCAUCAGUCGACUCAUUUUCUUAUGGUUCGCUAUGAGUGUAAAGACUAGAGUCCGCCAACAAGCCCCUCCACUCCGCGAGUCUAUCGACCCUGAUGACGAUUAUGAUGCUGCUGCUGUUCACGAGGGUGACGAGUCCAGUUCGUCUUCCGAUUCCGACUCAGAUCGCUCUGACGAUGACUAUGAGCGUGAUGAUGGCUACUCGACCACCUUGACCGAGCCAGAUUCCAACGCCCAGCCAUGUCUACCUGCACUGCUUCCAUCACAGCGAUUACGGAACCCUCCCUCGAGUGCUUCCAAGCGAAAGAAGACCUCCGUCGUACCAUCUGAGUUGCCCGAGUACAGCGAUGACCCCAACGACGAUACGGAUGAAGACAUCGCGAACGUUCCUCUGGACUACGGGAGAUCAGACAAUACUAAGACUCGUAGAUCUCAGAUCAAGACACUGUGGCAGAAGUACUGCGCGGUGAAAGCGGCCGAGCAGGAUGCCCCUCCUAAAUGGAGCAACGCAGAGCAGGCCCUCCGGCAAGCAACGACGAACAAUAUCCACCGUUUUUUUAUUAUCAAAGGGAGCGCGCUUGAGGCAGAUUGGAAGGCUCUUCAGGGAUACUAUCGACUGAUUACGCGGACUAGCUUCAAUAAAGUACAGUGUGAAGAGAUCAACGCGGGUCUUCGAAGUCUCAUGGACAAAUGGAAAUUGGACAUGGAAGAACGCGAGAAAACUGGGGUCCAUGUUCAGGAUCUGACUGCCUUCAAUGAAACCGUCCUCCGGACGACCGAGAAGCGAUUUCACCUGGGGUUCGAGCGGAUCCAGAUCUGUCUUUUCACCAUCCUGGGGAUCUUCACCGUGAAUCGAAUCUCCGCCCUGCUCUCGCUGCAAUUCAAGCACCUCCAAUUCUCUCUUCAACGAGAUCCCCUUGGCGGGCCUCCGAUCCCGAUGGUAGAGCUUCGUGCCGUCCACACUAAACAAUUCCUUGGUAUCACACAGCACAACAAUUUCCCCUUUCCUGAAAUUGUGGAUGAUCCAACCUUGAUUUUUAGCCCUCAUGUCUUCCUGUUCAGCAUCCUAUUUUACCUAGAUGCCUUUGAAGCCAACGGGCUUCGGUCUAUGGAAGACGUGCGACGGCUGUUAGUGGAAGACGGUUGUGAGCAGAUGGAGCUAUAUCUCAAGCCUGAAAUUGAGGAAUACUUUCUCUUCUGCAUGACCACGAUAGUCGAUGGAACUCCAAUGAUCCAGUGGAAUCGACCAAUCAACGCGAGCACGAUGUCCGCCCGACUGCAAUCUUUAGGAGAGAUCCACGGGUGGCUGCACAUCUUUUUUGCUCACCGUAUGCGAUAUGGCGGUGGAAAGCAGUUAAAUGAAAGUGGUUGUGUGAGCGAGGCACAGCAGAAUCUCAUCAUGAAGCAUGCCUCCAGUCGCACAUUCUUGAACCACUAUCUACCACGCAAUAUCGAUACCGACAUGCAGAAUAUAAUGAAUGGCCGGAAGCCCAACACGAUGUUGAUGCACGCCAUCCGGCGCAUCAGUCGUUGGAUUGAUAAGAGGCGUCCACGAGUCAUCAGCGCACAAGACCGAGCGGAGUUGUAUCAGCAUCCGGAGUAUCUGGCGGCAGUACACGAGCGGGAUGCGCAAGCCAUACUUUGCCAACAGAGUCCCAGCCCUCGCAACAUGUCCCGGCUGGGUCGACUGACCCAAGAUGUUGAUAAAAUCUUCCGUCGCCUUUGCCGAGUCCGGAGGAAAGAAGUACGCCAAGCGUUCAGCCGGAAACAGGCAAAGAUCGAUAUUGAACGUCAACGGUCGGGGACCGCCUUCCACAAUGAAGAGACCAAACACAACCUGCAGACCGUCACCCAGAUGCCUUCCGAAAUGAUCCACCUCCUAGAGAAGCUAUUCACCUGGCCUACAUCCCACUCCCUUAACAAUGAGUGGAAGAGGCGAAACGCGGCCACCGCGGCCGUCACUCAAUACUGCGGCGUUUGGGAAGGGGGCCCUCUUCGUGGUCGACGAAAACGAGCUUCACCCAGUGACGACGAACUCGAUCAAAUGAAGCCGUCUAAGCGCGUAGCCAGCGCGACGCCGGUAUCGGAUGUUGCCCCUUCGGAUUCACGCGAUCUCCUGGAGGAAGCCAGGGAGCAUAUCAUCCGUGCCGGAGAGCGAGAUCGCAAGAAGCCAAAUGUCGAGAAACCAAUAGUCUGUUUUCAGUGCUUCGGUAAUCGCUUGCUUCCAGAACACAAACGCGUCAAAAAGUGGUCGAGGCCCGACGCAACAGUGCGACAUUUUCAAGACAAGCAUCUUGCGGAUCGGCAGUGCAAUUUCUGCGAUGACGGCGAAAUUUUCCUGCAUCAAAUGCAUUUACAAAAUCAUGCAGCGGCAGUCCAUCGCCUUGUCACUGGAUCCAGGGGAUGCUGA